GCUGUGCAGUAGAAGAUGCAGGCCCUACUCUUCCUAUUGGCUCUUCUCCCGCCUCCUGAAGCUGGAGCUGAGGAGAUUAUUGGUGGCAUUGAGUCCAAACCACACUCCCGCCCUUACAUGGCCCAUCUGGAGAUCACCACUGAGAGAGGUUUCAUGGCCAGCUGUGGUGGAUUUCUCAUAGCCCGAGACUUUGUGAUAACGGCUGCACACUGCAAAGGAAGAGAAAUCACUGUCACUCUUGGAGCUCAUGAUGUGAGCAAGAAAGAACCCACACAGCAGAAGAUAAAAGUCAAUAAACAAAUCGUUCACCCAAAGUACAACUUCUAUUCCAAUCUGAAUGACAUCAUGUUACUGAAGCUUCAAAAGAAAGCUAAGCCGUCUCCGGCUGUGGGUACAAUCCCCCUACCUAGACCAUCGGACUUUAUUAAACCUGGAAAAACAUGCCGGGCGGCUGGCUGGGGAAAAACGGGGGUGACGGCGCCAACAGCAGAGAAGCUGAGGGAGGUGAAGCUGAGGAUCAUGGAGAAGGAGGCCUGCAAAUACUAUCCCAAUUACAGCUAUGAGCUCCAGGUCUGCGUGGGCAGUCCCAGGAAGAUAAACUCAGCCUACAGGGGAGACUCCGGGGGACCUCUACUGUGUGCUGGGGUGGCCCAUGGUAUUGUAUCUUAUGGACGUGGAGAUGCAAAGCCUCCUGCAGUCUUCACCCGGAUCUCCUCAUAUGUGCCCUGGAUUAAUUCAGUCACAAAGGGCGAGUCAACCCUGUCAACCUGAGUCAAGGUUCCCAAGCCAGAGCUCUUCUAGUACCCCUUGGGUGUGGAAAAAAAAACUAUCCCCAGACUAACCCAACC